CCUCUCCCUCUCUCUAGUUUCUCGCUCUCUAUAUAGUUCAAGAGAUCAUUGUUUCAGGUUUAGCAAUAUAUAUAUAUAUUUAUAUAGAUUUAUACAUAUAUAUAUAUAUAUAUUUAGAGAGAGAGAGAGAGAGAGAGAGAGAGAAGAUAGAGAGCAAUGGAGGCCGAAAAAAGAUCUAGAUUCAAGAGAAUUUGUGUUUUCUGUGGGAGCAGUCCUGGGAAGAAACCAAGCUACCAAGAAGCCGCCAUUGAAUUAGGCAAAGUUCUGGUGGAGAGAAGGAUUGAUUUGGUGUAUGGAGGUGGAAGCGUGGGUCUGAUGGGUCUUGUUUCUCAGGCAGUUCAUGAUGGAGGGCGCCAUGUUCUAGGCGUAAUUCCAACUAGUCUCAUGCCUAGAGAGAUUACCGGUGAAACAAUUGGAGAAGUAAAAGCAGUCUCUGAUAUGCAUGAGAGAAAAGCUGUGAUGUCCCGGAAAGCUGAUGCGUUUAUUGCCCUCCCUGGUGGUUAUGGCACCCUUGAAGAAUUGCUUGAAGUCAUCACAUGGGCUCAGCUUGGAAUCCACAGUAAGCCUGUGGGGCUGUUGAAUGUUGAAGGCUACUAUAAUUCCCUCUUGUCUUUUAUCGAUAAGGCUGUGGAUGAAGGCUUCAUCUCUCCAACUGCACGUCGCAUAAUCGUGUCUGCCCCGACAGCCAAACAGCUGGUCAGAGAACUCGAGGAAUAUGUUCCACAAUGUGAUGAGAUAACAUCCAAGUUGAUCUGGGAAGAUGUUGGAAGACUGAGUUUAGCAGAAUCUGGUGUUCCCACUGCACAGGAAUUGUGCUGAUAAAGAAGACACUAGCACUUUAUCAUUAUGGAUAUUUUAGCAUUUUGCAGUAAAUAUAGAUAUAAUAUAUAUAUAGUUUUUGCAAGGUUGUUUUGCCCUACUAAGGCAUGCAUGCAGAUUGCACAAACAAGAAAACUUAGUGCUAUUUUUUUUGUGGGGU